UGGAACUUGGCCCCUGAGCUUGAGAUUUAUUUAUUCUCCUGUAUCUUCUGACGUCUCUUGCCGCCAACAUGGAUGACAUUUUCGCUCAGUGUCGGGAAGGCAACGCGGUGGCCGUGCGUCUGUGGUUGGACAAUACUGAGAAUGACUUAAAUCAGGGGGAUGACCAUGGAUUCAGCCCGUUACACUGGGCGUGCAGGGAGGGGCGCAGUAACGUCGUGGACAUGCUGAUUAUGAGGGGCGCAAGGAUUAACGUGAUGAACCGAGGAGAUGACACUCCACUCCAUCUUGCCGCCAGCCAUGGGCACCGGGACAUUGUACAGAAGCUCAUUCAGUAUAAGGCCGAUGUGAACGCCGUCAAUGAACACGGAAACUCCCCGUUGCACUAUGGCUGCUUCUGGGGUCAGGAUGAUGUGUCUGAGGACCUGGUCAAUAACUCUGCCCUCAUCUAUAUCAGUAACAAGUAUGGCGAGACCCCACUGGACAAGGCCAAGGCUCAUCUACGGGAACUGCUUAAAGAUCGAGCAGAGAAGAUGGGGCAGAGUAUGAGUAGGAUCCCGUAUAAAGACACAUUCUGGAAAGGGACAACUCGAACCCGACCACGUAACGGGACCCUGAAUAAACAGGCGGGGAUUGAUUAUAAGCAGCUCACCCUCAGCCACAAACUCAAUGACAACCACUCUGGGGAGCUCUGGAAGGGACGUUGGCAAGGCAACGACAUCAUCAUCAAGGUGCUGAAAAUACGGGACUGGAGCACAAGGAAGAGUCGAGACUUCAAUGAGGAAUACCCCAAACUCCGGAUUUUCUCUCAUCCCAAUGUUCUGCCAGUUUUGGGCGCCUGUCAGUCCCCUCCGGCCCCUCACCCUGUGCUCAUCACACACUGGAUGCCCUAUGGGUCUCUCUACAAUGUCCUGCACGAGGGCACUAAUCUGGUGGUGGAUCAGUGCCAGGCCGUUAAGUUUGCCCUGGACAUUGCACGGGGAAUGGCUUUCCUACACACCCUGGAACCUCUCAUUCCGCGUCAUUAUCUGAACAGUCGCAGCGUCAUGAUUGAUGAGGACAUGACAGCCAGGAUCAGUAUGGCGGAUGUGAAGGUCUCGUUCCAGUGCCCGGGUCGGAUUUACAGCCCCGCGUGGGUGGCACCUGAGGCGCUGCAGAAACGCCCAGAGGAUAUUAACCGUCGCUCUGCUGACAUGUGGAGUUUUGCCGUUCUGCUGUGGGAGCUGGUGACCCGCGAGGUUCCGUUUGCCGACCUCUCAAACAUGGAGAUUGGGAUGAAGGUGUCCCUCGAGGGCCUCCGUCCCACCAUCCCCCCCGGGAUCUCGCCCCAUAUCUGCAAGUUGAUGAAGAUUUGUAUGAACGAAGACCCUGCCAAGCGACCCAAGUUUGAUAUGAUCGCCCCCAUCCUGGAGAAGAUGCAGGAGAAAUAAGUGCUACAAUAGUGCAACACACAAGUCACAGCUACACAAGUAACACACGCCCGCUGGUGCCACACGGGUACAAAGUGCCUUCACAUCAAUGACCCCCCUAUAAUUCUAGUCUGGGGUACAGAGAACCCACUCAAACUGCCAACUGUGGGGGGGGGGUAGAGUUUUUCAAGUUUGGGUCCAUUUGCAUUUCUGGGCGGGGUUUCCGCCAGUUUCACUGCUUAGUUACUGGGGCCGGUGCUUUUGUGACUGUUACUGGCGACUGUUGUUUGGUGCAAUAAUGCAGGUACCGCCCCUUCCUACAUGCCGCCGCCCCCUUAUAUAUAUACAGCGCCUGUCCUGCAAGUGUAUAAAUAUUUAUAUGUGUAUCACUAUGUAUCUUACUGUAUGGGGGGCCACGCUGCGCCCCUCUUUCAUCCUGUCAAAGCAAAAGUAUUUUUUUUAUAUAAAUUAACCCUUUGCACCUUGUGACAAUCUAAUAAAUAUUAUUUUAAAGAAAA